AGUGACGUGAUUGAUUACUGACAGGAAGUUUUCUUCUGCAGCAGAAAGCCCUGAAGGGAUAUUCACACUUAAAACUGUGUAGCAUGUGUACAAAAGGGAAUUUUUAAAAAAUAUGAGUAAAGAACAAUGUCUUUUUUUGCCACAUUUUACACAUUUCCUGGAUGUGCAAGAAUUAUUUCGACAUCAACAUAAGCAGCCCAUAGUUUGUGUGUCUUAAACAAGAGGAUACGAUUUCUGUGUGACAGAAAAGAAGAACUGGUUUCAGGAAGUUCACAAUAAAAACUUUGUUGAAAUAGGGAGGAUGUGUGUAGAAACAUUGACUCUACCCAUCGGUGCCAACACAGUCACUGCACAGGUUUUAAGAUGAAGGUGCUGCUUCUGCUUGUGAUGAUGACAGCCUGUGCUGCCCUAAAACAAGAUCUUUCUGGUAGGAUGUUCACCUUUCCACUGGAAACCAACAGAGCUCAUGUGAAGUUUAACACAUCAAGAAGAGAUUUUAAUGCCGUAACUGUUUGCCACAGAUCAUUUACAGACCUCAAGAGAGACCACAUACUGUUCUCCUUGUCCACACCCAGUAGUGCCAAUGACUUUUUGAUUUUCUGGGAUAACACCAAUAAAGAAAUGGAGGCACACAUUAAGAAUAAAAAGGCUGAAUAUGGAGGCCGUGACUACAAACCCAACACGUGGCACUCUAUCUGCACCACAUGGGAUGCUGAGACUGGGCUGACACAACUGUGGUUCAAUGGACAGCCUUCGAUCAGAAAAUUCACAAUCUCUGGGUCGAACAUAGGUGGACCCAUCAAUAUUAUUGUGGGACAGGAGCAGGACAGCCACGGUGGCGGGUUUGACUUGAAGCAGUCUUUCGUUGGCAUGAUGUCUGAUGUCUACAUGUGGGAUUACGUCCUCUCUGCCUGUGAGAUCCAGAAUUAUGUGGAUGACCGAAACUUCACACCAGGGAAUGUGCUGAACUGGAGGGCUCUGGAUUAUGAGAUUGUAGACAAAGUGUUGCUUGAACAUAAAGUAACCGUUUGUUACUAACCUUCAUUUGGGGUUUCUGCAUUUCUGGCUGAUGCAGAAAUUAGCAUCUGAUUCACAGCUUGAAAGUUAAGUGAAUAAAAAAAAAAAAAAAAAAAAAAAAAAAACAUUCAAUGAAUGAUUUCAAUGUAAUUAUUACUGAAGUAAAUUUAAUUAAUGUUCAAUAUUUUGUAUUUUUACAAUUAGAAUAAAAUGUCACAAGUCAUUAAUGAACACUCAGACUAUAAUAAGUCUGUUUGUGCCUCUGCACACAAAUACAGACUUGGAUUCAUGAUAACAGGAUUUCUGCUGUUUGGAAGUUAAUUUAUCAAGUUGGCUUAACUUGAUUGAAUUAUUUGUAACCAAUUGAAGCAAUUCAAUUAAGUUAAUUGAAUCUAAUUUAUUAAAUCAUAAAUUCAAUAUUUUAUAUUUUUACAAUUAAAGAUGUCACAAAUUAUUAACAAUUACCCAGACAAGCAAGUCUGUAUUUGUGCCUGUGCACACACACUAUGGGUGUUUAUAGCGGGUAAAAGUAAGACAUGAACUGCUCAAUGAAUUAAUGUCAAUGUUUCAUGUUGAAAGAAAAACUCUUUAUAAAACAGAAUUGACAAUGGAAACAU